CAAAGACGCGAGCUUGCUGACAAAAAUGGAUCGAGCUGUGUCUGAAGAAGGGCGUCUAGAAAGCAGGGCCAGCGAUACUGCUCCCGCAGGCCAAAACAUCUCCGAAGAGAAAACAGCACGUGGCCGACGGUUGUAUAUAUCCGGCUCGUAAUUGCGAGCUUGUGUGGCGAAGCGCUCGCCAAAUCCGCCGUCUCUUGUUCACCAUCUGUCUUGGUGAGAAUCCACCCAACCACGAUUGAUCGCGGGCGCCUGCAACCUCAGGCACUGAAUCCCCGACUCGUCUCGAAUCUCCGAGCCUUUGCGCCGAGCAGCUGCUCGUGUACCGACACGUUUCGGCGCAGCGCUUGUCGGCCCGCGUGUCAGGCACGUGAGGGCCAUUGCCGCCGCCCCAGGUAUCUGGCCCACGAAGGCCCGGGAAGGCCAUGCCGGACCAGGCAGGGACCCGCGGCGGGGCUGGGGAGCUGCCGCCGGCUUCUCCAAGGGCCGCCCGGGACCUCGACGAGGCCGACGACCACGGUCGAGACCACAGCCACGACCGUACCGGCGCCUCGUCGCCCAACACGCGCGAGUGCGACGACAGUGACGACGACGACCAGCCCGGGAAACCGCCGAGAAAGCGGCAGCGUGUCAGGCUGUCGUGUCUCGAGUGCCGACGGAGAAAACUGAGCUGCGACCGCAAUUUCCCCUGCGAGCGCUGCAUCAAGUCCGGCACUGCCGACCGCUGCACUUACGAGACUAGGCCGGGGCUUGCCCCUCCGGCUAAAAACGGCCUCUCGCAGGGUGCGCUAGCCACCAUUGAGUCGCGGCUCUCGUACACGCCAGGGCCCGCAGACUUCCGUCGGGACAGCCCGCGCGACAACGAUCGGAUCCGCCGCCUGGAAUCCGAGGUCGCCCAGCUCAAGAACCUGCUCACCAAGGGCGGCUCUCUCGACGGCAGCAGCACCACCCUGGCCGACGGCUCCCCGGCCUACGUCAAGACGGACCAUCCCGACAUCGUGCCCGGCACGCCCCCGCGGCAGUCUCCUCGGCCCUUUAACCCAGAGCAGGAUAAUGCCGCCGAGGAGGACGAGCUGCGCUUCUUCCGGGGCAAGGAAUUCAAGACCCGCUACUACGGCCCCCACAAUGCGUGCAUGGCCUUCAGCGAGCUUACUGGGCUCUGCCCCUUCAUGAAGGAGACGGCCGAGGAGUGGCUCAGUCCCCUGCGCGUGGACAAGAAUAAGGACCGGAACCAGCGCAAGCUAGACCGCGAGCGCAGGGCCCUGGAGCCCGACCGGGAACUCGAGGAGAUGCUGCCCACCCAGCCCGAGACCGACAUUCUCGUCGAAGUUUAUCUCGACCAGUUUGAGCAAGUCCAUCGCAUCGUGCACAUCCCAACAUUCCGGAGGCAGUACUCCAGGUUCUGGGACCACACACAGCCCAGAACAGCCGCAACUACCGCCUUGGUCCUGGCCAUGAUUGCCGUCUCGUGCUGUCUGCACGGCAACACGUCGGGCAUGCUGGUCGGCUCCGUCUCCCACGCCCACCGCACGGCUGAGAAGUGGACCAACGCUGUCGAGGAGUGGCACCGACGCCAGAGCGAGAAGCACCGGAAGCUCAUCCACCUGCAGAUCUUGUGCAUGCUGUACCUGUCCAAGAGAGUCAACAUCCUCAAGAAGAAGCGCUUCUGGAAAUCCGCCGGUGCCCUGGUUCAGGACGGCAUCUCGGUCGGGCUCCACCGCGAUCCGAGCCACAUCAGCGAGAAGAUCUCAGUGUACAACCAAGAAAUGCGGCGUCGUCUGUGGUCGACAAUACAGGAGUUCGACCUACAGGCUUCGUUUGAUCAUGGCUUACCGUCGUUACUGAGCACACUGCACUUUGAUGCCACGCCGCCUCGAAACAUCAACGACGCCGAAUUCGCCGAGGACAGCACUUCACUACCGUCAUCCAAGCCGACAUCCAUCCACACCUUCUGCUCCUUCCAGAAUCUCAGCCGGCAGAGCCUGCCCCUGCGUCUCGAGCUGAGCCGGGUGCUCACAGGAGCCCCAGAAGAACUUGACUACGAGCGCGUGAUUCGGUACACCAACGACAUCACCCAAGAGAUCGACGCCCUGCCCUCCUGGGACCUCUCCCUGGGCAAGGGGGACUCGGCGGCCAAUCGCAAGCCGCUGCUCGCGUACACGCUCCUGCACAUCCAGCUGCGGCAGUACAUCAUCCCGCUGCACCAGCCAUACCUGCGUCUGCGCAAGACCAACUCCAAGUACCAGUACUCGGAGAUUGUCUACUACAACGCGGCGCGCGACAUGGUGCUCCUGCACGACAAGCUGACGGAGCAGGGCGUGCGGACGCUGAGCUUCCUGCGCGAGGACGCUUUGACGCUGUCCAUCAACCUCUGCAGCGUCACCAUGCUGCAGCCGCGGGGGUCGACCAACAUGGUCAUGGUCAACUCGGAGCACACCCUCCGGCUGCUCGAGAAGUGCCUGGCCAUGAAGGAGGACCGGAUCCUGAGGUGCGGCAACCACGAGCCCUGGGCCUACAGCAUCAUGUGUGCCGCCUACGGCCUCCUCGAGGCCCACCUCGGCAUCAAGACCUCCGAGGUCGCAAAGGCCGGCGCCGCCGAGCGCUUCGUCAACAUGCACUACCGGCUCGUCAAGGGGGAGAACCCGCCGGCGUCGUCGAUGCAGUCCAUUUAUUCCGCUAGGGGCCUGGCGCCGUUUGAGGUGGCGCCCGAGAGGCAAAAGUCCAUGACCCCUUUCGCCAUCCCGAGCUCGCAGGGCUCUGCCAUGCACGGGAUGCCUGGGGACGCGCCGCCGACACCAUGGUGGCUGAAUCCGGUGGACCCGAGCUUGGCCACCCUCCAACAGCCAUUCAACCCGGCAGAUUUCAACCUGGACACCCUGGGUCUCGAUUUGGGCGGCCUCUGGAGCGACGCGACAUUGGGAUUCCAGUAGUAAAUGUCUCUUGAAGCGUGAAAACCACGCAGCUCAUUCGGAUCCCAUGUAUUGUGUGACGAUAAAAAUGAAUGACGAAAGUUUGGAGCUUCCGUAUGGUAUCGGCGUCAUUGUGAAUUUGAGUAUCUGUACGAAAAGCAGUUGACACCCACCCAGCUUGUAAGUAUCAUAUGCCUAGAAUGUGCGAUUAAUCGACGUUUAUUGGACCUAGCAGGCAGUGCUUUGACCUGCCAGCCAUCCCUUCCCUC